ACGGGGGGACAUCAGAGCGGCUCUCGCAUGCGGCGUCCUCUGCCUCCCCCUCAACUCCCCCCAACUCCAGAGAGGAGGGGCACUGCUGCUGCUGCCGCCGCCACCACUGCCACAGCAGCACUCUCUGCCUGUCUGCCACCGGGCUUAGGAGCGGAGCGGAGAGGAGGACACAAUACAGAGAAGAAAAGAGAGAGAGAGAGAGAGAGAGAGAGGGAGAGAGAGGGAAGAAGCAUUUCUCUUUCUCAGAGAGGGAGAGUGAGAGAGGGAAAAGAGCACUGCAAAAGAAAGACGGGGACACCAGUCCGCUGUGCCCCCCCCCACUCUGAUUUCUGAAAGCAGUCACUGGGAAAUGGCUCAGAAGUGAAUCACAGCUGAGAGCAUUGCAGCCACCAGGAAGGAGGUGUGAAGGACAAACGGGGUUGGAGGCAAAAGAGGAGGCAGUAUGCCAGGUGUGUCGGGAAUGAGGACAGGCGUCGGAGGGAGGAUGCUAGGUGUGUCAGGAAUCAGGACGAACAUCGGAGGAGGAUCUGGGAUGAAGAAAAGCACCUACAUAGUGCCAUGUUUCCUUUUCGUGGAGCUGGUGAUCAUGGCCGGGACGGUUCUCCUGGCGUACUACUUUGAGUACACGGACACGUUCCCCGUCCACGUCCAGGGCUUCUUCUGCUUCGACAAGACCUUCUCCAAGCCCUACCCAGGACCGGAGGAUGAGAGCAAGGCUCCCCCAGUGCUGGUCUACUCCCUGGUUACGGCCAUCCCUACUGUUCUGAUCCUGAUUGGGGAGCUGAUGCGCUUCUUUAACAAGUCAGCAGCCACUCAGGAGAGGACCAUCGUGAGUGCAGACUGCUGCUUCUUCAGUCCACUCCUGCGGCGCAUCGUUCGCUUCCUGGGUGUGUACUCCUUUGGCCUCUUCACCACCACCAUCUUCGCCAACGCUGGCCAGGUGGUGACAGGAAACCAGACCCCCCACUUCCUGUCCGCCUGCCGGCCCAACUACACGGCCCUGGGCUGCCAGUCUCCCGUGCAGUACAUCACUGAGAGGAGAGCCUGCACGGGAAACCCCUACCUGAUCGCCCACGCCCGCAGGUCCUUCCCCUCCAAAGAUUCCGCCCUCAGCAUGUACUCCGCUAUCUACACCGUGAUGUACGUGACAAAUGUGUUCCACACCAAGGGCACACGACUGACCAAGCCGACGCUGUGUCUGACGGCCCUGUCUCUGGCCGUGCUGGUGGGAGUGGUGCGGGUGUCGGAAUACCGUAACCACUGGUCAGACGUGCUCGCUGGGUACCUGACCGGAGGAUCCAUCGCCGCCUUCCUGGUGACCUGCGUGAUCAACAACUUCCAGCAGACGCGGCGUCCGGCCGUGGUGCCCCUCCCGCUGAGGCCGCUUCCCCCCCAGGCCACUCUGAGCAUGCCCGCCGUCACCCUGCCCCGCGUGGAGAGUCCACACGAAAAGCUCGACGGGGUCCCUAUACUGAGAUCACAUGACCAUCAGCCUUUCCUGUGCCCCGCCCCUCCCGACGUCCUUCUGCACUCGCGUCGCUGCAUCUCCAGCGCAGUCUAGACCUGCCCUCUGACCGCGCCCCCCUGUGUGCCGCACACCCCCGCGGCCGACCCCCCCUGCUCCGCUCCUACUCAACUCAGGUCUAGACAGAAUCCCCUCCCAUCUCACACACACACACACACACUCCCCCACACAUCAUAUCUACGCCCGUCUGGACUUUAAAAUAUUCCUACAGCAAUACAGUUGAAAUUUGUAUUAUAUUCGUCCCCUUCACCUUGUCCUCCAUUUCACUCCCUUUUGUCCUUCCCUCUUGGAUUUUUCUUCUUACGUGAAAAAGGAAAAGAAGUCGCCAGACUAUGGAAUGAACUUCAGCCAAAGUGCAACUUCUACUAAAAAGCAUUUAAGGUUUUAUUCGUUUUGAAUACUGCACAUGGAAAAUACAAUGAGCACGGCACACAAAGCUGAAACGAAAACAACAACAUACGGGGUCCAAAACUGAGAAAAGACAGAGCACUGCAAAUGGACUCUUCCUGUUUUACUGUUGCCAAUGUCACCUUUGCCUGUGGAAAUGGCUACAGAAACAACGGCUAAGAACAUUACAUGGACAAUAUGGAAACAGCAAACUCAGACUGUUUUUCUUGAUUUUAUUCAAACCAGAAAACAACUAUUACACUAUAGGUUGAGUUGUAUAGCAGAGACACUGUGGUAUCUUUACAUGAUUUAAAUAAGGUUGAGUAGGUUGUUUUCUUGUUUUUUGUGUGUGUGUGUGUGUGUGUUUUGUUAAAGUAUCGCUUUCCUGUUUAAAGUAUUCAGAUGCCCCUCGUUCAUGGCACCUGUAGCUCCAUCCAACAUUCCAAACCAGACCAUUCAAGUGUCAAUACCGUAUAGACAAGACGCUGGAUAAGUAUUAUGGGAAAUCCUGAAUUAGAUGGAUGUAAUGGACUGGUAUGGCCAGUAGUAACACAGUAGGCAUGCACAAGCACAUUCAUAUACACAAACACUGAAAGACAUUUUCCCUGUUCUGUAUACAAACUCAUCGCAAACUUGGUUAAUUGUUUUAUUCUCCUAUUGAUGUAAUUGUUUCAUUGCUUGAUAGCUAUGAUACGUCUGUUUUUUUUACCGUGUUCACAGACCUCACUUGGCAUGGACGUUUUAUGCUGAUGUUAGUUUGAGUAAAUGUCUUUGUUGUUUAACGGUUCCCUUUUUGAGACAGCCUGUGGUGUAGCAUGGGCCGGUGCUCUGCUCUGCUCUUCUCUUGUCAUGUCAUGUCUCGCCCCUCUGCAGCUCACCUCCUUUGUGUGACACUGAUCUCCAAACCACAUCCAUAACCACAUCACAUCCAUCUGCACAGAAAGGCCAACCCUUACACUUUUGCAGGGAUGGUUGUCUUGGCCAGUUGCUCAAAGCUUUCACUUUCACACAUCUCCUUCUCUUUCUUUUAUCCAUCGAAGUUCAUCAGGGUAUCUCCUACCCCCACAUACACACUUUCUACUUAUGAAACUGUAUAAUUUGUUUGAUACUUUCAUCAGUCUAGUGUGUCUGUCACUCAAAGGUCCAUCAGAGGAGGCAGAAGAGGACAGGGGGCCAUUUUACCACACAAGGCUCCAAUCACCUGCCUCUCACCCUCUCCACACUGUAAUGUUUGUAAAAGUUUGUAAAUACAUUUCUUUUUCAAAUAAAAAUGGCUAUUUUAUGGAUACAACGCUUAUAGGCCAUGUAGAAAAAAAUACCACAGUG